GUUCCGUGCUGCGCGUCAGUGAGGCGCUCCAGAAGUUCUGCCACGGAAACAAGGUGCCGUAAUUGAGCAUAAUGAAAUGAAGGUGAUUCAAGAAGAACAAGAGAUAGCCGUGUGGAUUCUGUGAGUCUCAGUACUAGAGUACCCAACUGUGAGAAGAACAGUGGUCAUCAUGAUAGACCUGAGCCACCUGACCGAGGAGGAACAGGAGAUGAUCAUGAUGGUUUUGAAGAGGGACGCUGAGUUGAAGAAAGCAGAGGAGGAACGAAUCAAACAGCUGCAGAAAGCUGUCCCAGAGGAAGACAAACGCAAAUUUAUGUCAGGGGAAUGGUUCUACAAAGUGAAGUCACAGAGACACCAGGACAGAAUUCAUGGCUCUGAAAUCAUCAUGGCAUCAAUGAAGCAAAGGAAACCCUCAGUUGUUGAGUAUUUAACCAAGUCGUGGGGCGGCAGAUCCAGAAGCAUCAGCCGAAAGGACAGUGAUGGCAUCAUGACGUCACCUAAUGUAACACAAACUACUGAGUCUUCAGAGCAGCUAAAGGAGAGGGAAAAUGGAGAGAUGUUAGAGGUCCAGCAAGAAAAACUAAACAUAGGCAUGAGAUCGCCAUCCAAGCCAAGGCACAACCCAUUCAACAGUGUUCCAACAGAGCUUGAUUUUACAUCAGGACAUGGACUCGGGAAUUCAUUAGACCGAGGCUCUGAAUCACAAGUAAAACUUCAGGAAGCAAGUCAUGGUGAAGUUAAUAGUGAGGUUUUUAACACCCCACACAACCAACCUCCUGCUCAAAGGCCUGUGCCAAAGAAAAGGACCAAAAUUAACAAACCACAGAGCUCUGUCUCAGACAGCACCAGCUCUGUGUCCAUCCAGAGUGUGUCCACCACAGCAGGCUCAGGUAUCAGGUCUCCACCACCAAGAAGUAUCCUCAAACAAAGCUUCAAUGAGCCCACUCUCAAGAGUCAACUGCGACAACCAGUAGUAUCCCUAAGUUAUGUUCGCAAAAACAUAAGUCAAGAAAAGGAUCUAGAAGAAUCUAAACUUUCUCUGAGUAGUACAGAAGAAUCAAGUAGCAAAACUGAAAACAUAGAGCAAUUUAGCUCUUCUUCACCACUGAAGUUGCAAAAGUCACGUUUACCAGUUAGAGCUUCAUCACAACUGAUAAACCCUCCACAAGGCUUACAAGAAAAGCCAAAGAUAAAACCACAUCUAAGUCUGAACUCUAUCACAAGAGCAGAUGAUGGCAAAAAAGUGGAAGAACUUCUAAAACAAAGAAGAGAAACAAAUAGUUGCCUUCCUCAGACAUCAAGUAUGGAAUUAGAGGGCCAAAACAUUUCAGGUGAAAUUGACCUUCCUCGUGAGAAUGCAAUGUUCACGUUGACAGACAACUCUGAAAAGCCACUGGAUGAGAUCACUGCCCCUCAACCUACACUGCACAAAUCUGGGAACGUGGAAAAUCAUAUGAGUCCGUAUCUAAAAUUGGAAAUGAAAAGAACUGAAGAAAAUAUGGAGAAAACUGCUGUUGAUCAACAAUUUCCCAGAUCCCUCAACAUAACAGAUACAUUCAACAAGACAGAUGCCUCUACUGACUGUAAGACUGACAGCAGCCCCCUUGUCUUCAAUGUAAAACAAGAGACAUAUAACUCAAAACAAGAAGAUGCCAAACUGGAAGUCAUGACAGAUGAACAUAUUCCCACACCUACUGAUGAACAAGGAGAUUCCAUUGCCAAAGUUCUUGAGUGGUUUAGCAGAAGCUCAGACAGCAGUGAUAGGCUUGAUAUAGAAAGCAAUGUCCAGGACAUGGAGGACGACACCAAGAUCGAUGACAUAGACUUUGAAGAUGACAUUGAUCAGAGAGCCAAACCAAGAGAUAAUGUGUACUUCAUCAUACCAUGCCAAAGUGAAGAGGUUCCAUCAGAAGUCAAUACAUUAUUUCUACAACAGACAGAUUGGGGAAAGGAACAGAGUGUUGAUGAGCCUCCCCAGAAUUCUCCAAAAGAACGGAGAAGAUCUGAAUCUACUUCUUAUAAAGAACCUCUCAUCAAGAAGCCUUCUAUUGACUCCGCUCUUACUGCAAACAAUGUGGGUCCAGAGAUCCCAGAGGUGAAUAUUUCUGUAGGUGGGACAGUUAGUCAAAAUGAGAACAGAACAGAGGCUUUUAUCAAGAGACAGGAAGAGACCAAAGUCAAACUGGAAAUCAGUGACAUCAAGCAGACUCAAUAUCAGCCAAAAGAAAGAACAGGUGCUGAAGAAAACCAGCGACCAAAGAUUGCAAAUUUGAGAUCAUUCUGGCAGAAAGAAAACAUUGGUCCAAAGAUUUUGAUUGGCAAAUCUAGUGCACCUGCUAAAAAUGAACACUUCAUCCCUAGUGAUAAUAGCAGAAAGCCAACUGAAGGUGUAGAGGACCAACAGAGAAGUGAACAAAGCUUGAAAGUAACAUCUCCAGGACAUCAGAAAAGAGAGAGAGUUGGGGAAGAUUUAGACCUCGAUCAUGUUGGAAAUGCUAACACCACUUAUACACCUCAAGUACCCAUUUUUACAGAUGGCUCGAAACCACCAUUGAUGACUGACCAAAUUCGUGCAAGCUCUCCCUUAGAGAAAGAUGUUACUCUUCCACAUUUAAAAUCAUCUUCGCCAUCCCUUGACAGUGGAUCCUUGCUAGCGGGUCAAAAUGGUGAUAGCAAGGGAGGCACAAUUGGCAUCAACAGUAGUGAUGCAGAUCACACCACUCCAAAGGAAUUAGAGGCAAAAUCAAAAACCGCACCAAGGACAAAUCAAGUGCCUUUUGUUAAGCAGAAUUCCCAGCAAGAGAACAUGGCAGAGAGGAUCAAGCAACUCAAGUUAUUUUGGGAGAAAGAUUCUAGAACAUCAGCAGCAACUCAAAACAGAUUGACUACUACUGCUCGACUGAACCAAAGAUUUACUAAAUCUGAGUUUGAUCUCAGAACAAUAGGUACUGAGUAUGAUGAUUAUCAUGAUGAUGUUGAGGACAGUACUUCGGCCAGAGGUAGACUGUCUCCCAAUUUCUCUGUGCAUCCACUAUGGAAGGAUAAACCAGUUGUGACAGAUGGUAUGAGCACUUUACAAUUUAAGAACCUGCGUGACUUCUGGGGAGGAUCACCUACAAAAUCUGGGCAAAGGUCACCGGUUCUUGAAAGUGGAAAUCAGAGAUCAUUAAGUCCACAAAGUCAAAAUGAGAGAGCCAAUGUCAAAGACUUUGUAAAUGAAAGCCAGAAUAACAAACCAUCCUCACAGGCCAAAACUAGAGUAUUCCAGUCUCCCUCAAAGAAGAGGAUUAUGUCAAGACAAGAAUCUGGAUCAAAAACCGAUCAGUCACAUGUGGUCUCAGGCGAAGCAAUAUCCUAUGGAGUGUCUCAUUCUCUUCAGCAACAGAAAGGCUCUCAGACCUCUUCAGAAGCCACAAUGGUACCUAAACCUCAGGUUGGUCAAGAGUCACAACCGAAACACAGUAGAAGAAACAGCAAAGGCAGUCUAAAUGGAAAAGCAAAUGCCAUGCGAUGUGCCGCCAGCAUGUUUUCUGUGAACACUGUGGUUGAGGAGCAAAGCCAGGACUUAAAUCUUCAGUCCAGGAAGUCCCAGGGCCCCAAUCUGCAACAGGUUAAAAAGGCACCAGAAGCCAUCAUCACACAGUCCAGGAAAACACAGGAAGCUAGCUAUACCCUGCCAAAAACAUCCCCAGAAAUCUCUUGGAGAGACAGAGACAAAAACACUCAGAGAAGACCGUCACGUACCUCAGAGGAUUCUGACUCUCAACCUCUUGCUAGAUCCUUCAUUCCACGGGACUACCAGCAUUACCUUGGGAUCACAGAGGACAGAAGUAUGUACACUCCACCUCCAGUUACAGAGCAGGUUGAUGAUUUUAUCUGCACUUCAUUUACGUCAUCUCCAGAGACACACCGCAGCUGUAAGUGUUCCCCUGUUAAAACCAGUACUCCAGUACAGGGCUCCCCCGACCUAUUAGCUAGGAGAGGGAGCCUUGGACGCCACUCAGCCACACAAACUGAUGGAAAUGCCACUAAGGGGAAUUUAAACUGUGAAAAUGAGAGUCCCAUUCAGAAAGCUUUGAAACGAGCUUCAUCUAGACCUGUGUACCAUAAAAGCAUGGAAGACAUCAGCACUCUUCCUAGACAAGACCAAAAACAAACAAAUGACUACAUGCAGGGCAACUAUGAUGACUCAAGCACACUUGUCCAGACUUCCUUUGCCACAUCAGACCCAGUGCACCUGAAGCAACUCAGCAAAUCAGUGCCCUCAUUCCUGCAAAAAGAAAGUGAUGGAGGAGAGAGUGACUCCGAGAGCAGCGGUGUACCACAGUGGAAUAACAGACAAUUCACUGACCUCAGCAACUACUCUGGAUCCACCUCCCUGUCAUCUGUUAGCGGCAGUGUUGUGAGCGUGUACAAUAGUGACUACAGCAGUGUUGACAUUCAAGGAGGCAUCCAGUUUUCACUAAACUAUGUGCACAAAUUGCGGGAGUUCCACAUCUUUGUUGUUCAGUGCCAGAAUCUGGCAGCAGUGGACACGAAGAGGAAUCGAUCUGACCCGUAUGUUAAAAGUUACCUCAUACCUGAUCCUGCCAAUUUGGGAAAACGAAAAACUGCUGUGAAGAAGAAAACACUGAAUCCCACAUACAAUGAGAUUCUUAGGUACAGAGUUCGAAUGGAGUACCUGAUGUCCCAGGUUCUCAACCUUUCAGCAUGGCACAAUGACACAUUUGGUCGUAACAGCUUCCUGGGUGAGAUAGAGCUUGACCUCUCCUCUUGGGAUUUUAAUGACACAGAGUGGAAGCUUUUACCUCUUAAACCAAGGAAUCUCUUCUCUCAGACCACAAACAGCCUCCAGCCAUCUGACUUUAGAGGACAGAUGAGACUGGCCAUACGUUUCCUGCCACAUAUUUCCCACUGUAAGGCUCCACCCUAUACAAGUGAAGUGCAUAUCUGGGUCAAAGACUGCAAGAAUCUCCCUCUUAUCAGAAGUCCAACUAUUGACCCAUAUGUAAAAUGCUUUGUACUCCCCGACACCAGCAAAAAGAGCCGUCAGAAGACUCGGGUGCUGAAGAGAACAGCCAACCCUAUAUUUAACCACACUAUGGUGUAUGAUGGCUUCAGGGCAGAGGACCUGAAAGAGGCUUGUGUGGAGCUUACUGUUUGGGACUGUGACCGACUAGCCAAUCACCUUCUCGGAGGCCUGAGACUCGGCAUGGGCACAGGCAAGAGCUACGGAGUACAGGUGGACUGGAUGGACUCUAUAGCAGAGGAAGUGGCUUUAUGGAGGAGAGUGAUGGAAUCUCCCAAUGAAUGGGUGGAGGGCAUGUUACCACUGAGGAUGGUAACAGCAGCCAAAAACACAUGGAAAUGAGAUUACAGGGACAUUUAUCAAAGCACAUCUUUCAAAUAAUAUAUGUCCUCAUAAAAUAUCUUGCAUUUGUUAUGAUUUAGAGUAUAAUAGAUUAGGUUUUUGUCACGUUAGGACAUUUUGGCCCCCAUGUUAACAUGAGUUUCAUUACCAGAUAGUAUAUAGAUAUUCUCUGGAUUUAUUUAUUACCUUCACUCCUCUGCAUGUCCAGUAGGACUGAACAGAGAGCAGAUUGAACAUUCCCAUGCAAAAUGGAAGAUCAUUUACCGAUUUCAAAAUGCUUUCCAUAAAAGUAAGUCAUAAGCAGUGUCUAAAGGUGGAUGUUGAGGUGAUUUUUUUUCUAAUGUAAUCUAUUUUUUAAAAGGUUGCAGAUUUAUGUAGCUAAUAAACAUCCCAAAUCACAUAUUUGUUUGAGUAUAAAGACCUUAUAUACUGUGGUAUAUGUUCAAGACUUCAAAAUAAAGUUUUGUAGAAGGUUAUUAAAUCAAUGCUGAAUAAGUUUAAGGAUACUAUUUGAGGGUAAAAAGCUAAAACCCAAAGCCUUGGCAAAAGCAAAAAAUGAUUAAACCAGGAAAGGAGGAAGACGCAGAAUGUGUGUAUUAUAACAAAACAAACUGUUUUGAGUGAGAGAGUGACUGCUUUGUUUGUCAAAUAUGCCUGUACUAACAUCAAAGCUCAAAGGCAUACUGUACUACAAGCAAAAUGAUGCAGGACACACCUAAUAAAAUAACUAAAUACCAAAAGCAAAUAAAUAAACCGAAAGCUGGUUCACCAUGCUGAAAGUUUUUUUUAAUCUAGCUAUAUCAAAGGUAUUUGUACGGUGACAAAUUUGACCCCUUUACCCAAAUUUUACCACACUAGAUCAGUUUUGCAUGCACAGAAUACACAAAUUAACAUCUGGCUAUACCCGAGAAAGCAGCACAGGACUCCCCAGAUGAAUGCAAUUUUAAAAUCUGCUACCUUGUUGGCUAAACAAUUCUGUUUAAAAGCCAAUCACCGAAGUCAUAAAUUACUGUGAUUAACAACACUGAAUCAACAGUCAUAACAGAGAGAAAAAAAGUAUUUAGUCAGAAUAAAUGGCUAUUUUAUAGUGGCUACCCUGACCCAUUGAGAUGAGCACCUUUGUC